UCGUGAGUUCAAUCAUCGCGUUAAAUCAAUAACAGCUUCGAUUUUUACCCCGGCUGAAAUAGAAUCAUUGAAAAAUGGGGGUAACGCUAAAGCUGCGCAAAUAUGGCUGGCGAAAUAUAGAUGGAUGGAGUUCCCUGAACCAAAUCCAGAUGAUGUGGAGUCUAUUAGAAAUUUCAUGCGCGCGAAAUAUAUCCAAAAGAAAUGGUUAGAUGCAUCGCUAUUACCUAAUCAACCCUCGAAGAUAACCAAUAAUGAGAAUUUGACGGCAAGAACCUUUGUGAUUAAUCCUCCUGUGUUUAGUCAUAGGUCAACCAAUUUCAGUGACAAUUCUUCAAAUAGUUCACUAAGUCGUCAUUCUAGCCUCGCGGAUGUUCAUUCAAUAUCUCCCGGCGAAAGACGAAAAUCUUCUGUCAGUGACAUCUCUUCAGAUUAUUCUUUUCAUAUGAAUAAUUUUGGUUCACUUAAGUCCGAAAACAAUUUGAAAAAUUCGUCGAAUGAUAACACUCUUAUUAACAUCCCAACAUUGCCAAAGCCAAGUUCCAACCCUUUCACUGCAAAUCAACCAUCAGAUAAUUUGAGUAGAUCUAACACAUAUCCCGAGUUGAAGCCCGGACGAAAUAACGAUAUUGAAGAUUUCUUUUCUUUAUUAAGUACCCCAUCAACACAAACGAUGCAACCAGUACAGUCUCCACAGUCACCCGUCUCAUGGAAUAAUGCAUAUCCACAACUUGGCGAACUAAAUAACACUCCGGUUACAACAGAUCAACGACAUAUUACUCAGCAAACUCAAACAUUUAUACAAAAUGGAGUUAAGCAGGAUAUAUCUCCACUAUCUAAUAAUCUUUUGACAUUACAGCCUCAACAACUUCAAAAGUCCACACAAAAUAAACAAUUUUCAGGAAUAACUAAUUUCGAAUUUUCUGGUGGUCUUAAUUCUCCUUCCCAAAUUGUUCAACAAAAGAUAGUCAAUGAAAAAGAAAGACGAGCAACAUAUCCCGGUCAAUCUAAUCAAUUCGCCACUCUGGAUGCAUCUAUUCCAUAUAACAAUAAUUUGUUAAACUUCACAUCGACACCUAAGAAUUUCGAUAAAGUGGCCGACAACGCUCAACAGACCACUGCUACUUCAAAGAUAUUAAAUCCUUUUGGCCAAGUUGGUCAGGGCUCAAUGAGUUCUAUCUCGAGUGUUCUGGAACCCACUAAUGCAUCCUCUUCACAACAAUCAAGACCUGUAUCUUCCCCAGAUCCUUAUCAGGCGUUUCGAAAUUUGGAUUUAAAUGAUUCCGGAAUCUCAUUGACUUCAUUAACUGGGAGUUCAACUCAUUCUCUUUCGCCUUCUUCUCCAGCGUCGCAAGAAAAACGUUCAGCAUCUGACAUUAAGGGCGUUUUUGGUGACUUUGUAACACCUCCGACGUCUGUGGAGAGUUUUAAUAAUUUCCCCACGCAAACGUCUGACUAUGACCUUUUCGGUGAUUUUCAAACAGCUUCGAACUAUAAUGUAUUCAAUUCACCUAGUUUAAAAAAAGAACUAAGUUUAUCGAGUCAAUCAAGUUUCUUCGAUACGCAACAAUCAAAUCUUGUCAACGAUUUUCCAAGGCAGUCUUCACAAAGAUCACGCUCUCAGACACUUGGUUCCCAUACUUCAUUCUCCAGUGAUGUGUUUUCUGAUAAUUUAUCUUCCCCAAAUUUAUUGUCAACUCAGAUGAACCCACAAUCUACAUACAGACGUAUGAGUGGCAUUCCAAACACACAGCAAAAAUUUGGAUUCACCAAUGGUAGUGCUAAUAGCCAUUUCGGAAGCAGUAGUAGUUCGCUAGGUAUUAUCAACGGUAACAUGACAUCAUCCGUGUCAACGGAUCCAUUCAAUCUGAGCUCUAAUAAUCCAUUUCCGCUUAUCUCACCAUCGUCGACUGCCUCGCAACCUCCAAAGGAGAUGGGUCACGCGAAAAAGAUUUCAUUUGACAGUGCUUUCAGUGAUUUAGACCCUUUAAAAAGUGGAGGACGUAUAUGA